GAGUGUAUCUGCCAGUUUGUUCCUUCGCCUACCCUCGAAUUGAAGGUGAGUCCCUAAGCUAUGUUUCUUUAGUUCCCUGCAUUCAAAUAUUGUCAGUGAUUGGCUGAUCCUUGGUUGAUCCUGUUGGUUGAUCAGAAGAAGAGCUUGCUGGCAAUCAGAUGAGAUAUGAAUAUUCGUCCACCCUUGAUCCCUAGCUAAUAUCAAAGCCAUUCUCAAUGCAUACAUCUUAGCAGUUAGGAUAGAGUUUGCUAGUCGUUUCCGUUGGGCCCCUAGCACCCAUGUUCCUGUGUAGUCUCUCGCCACCACAGCUAGACCAACAACCUAAGAGGAUCCAUCCCAUGAUGCGUCCACAUUAAUCUUGAUUAUCCCUUGGGAUGGUGGUAUCCUGUAAUUUGUACCCUUCUGCCAGUUGUUGGCUGUCAUGAGGUUGUUGUGGUUGAUUUGAGAGCCACUCCCACGCACCGAACUUAGACAGUUUCAGACAAUUAGUAACUAUCAUGUUUUCCCUUUCAAAAACCCAUUGAUUUCGUCUCUUCCAAAUCUUCCAUACAAGAAAGGUGAAGUAUGUUUUUCAUGGCAUGUGAUCUGUUAUACCCAGUGUUACCAGAUUCGCGGGUACCCCUUGCGAAUCUCGAACUGGUUCGCGACCAAAUCGUUGGUAUUGUCAUGCCGAAUCCGAAACCCUAGUUAUAGCUAUUGAAGGUCAGGGAAGACGAGAGAAGAAAAUAUAUGUUGGGGCUUUUACUUGGGAAGGAAAUAACAUGUUAUCUGAGUAUGAAUGUAUGAGUAUUAAAAUAAAAUCUUGAAUAAUUUUGUUUUAAAAAUCCUGGAAAAAAAGAGUUUCAAACCCCUCUUGCGAACCUAAAACCAGCAAACCUGCGAAUCGCAAACCCGAACUCGUACCCCGUACCGAAGCGAACCACGAAUCAGGUAACCCUGGUUAUACCAUUAUUGGAAAGGUUUCCAUUCAUCACAUGGGUUAUUAUUUUGGACAGUAGGUGCAUAUGGAACUUUGCACCAAACUUCUUUGGCUAUAACACAAGAGGAGGAUAUGGAGAGACAUUUCUGGAGUAUUAGGGCAGAAAGGGCAUGAAGGAGAAGGCAACAUACCCCUAUUUUCUAAGGUCAGAUUUGAUGGUAUUCUCCCUCUCCAACACAACCAAAUGAAAAACCUGAUUUUCGGCAAAGUCUUUGUCUUUCAAACCAUGUUCAGCCUUUUGUCAAACACCAAGGGGAGGGGUAGAGAUCAGGGUAUGCUCUUUUAAAACUGAAUUUAUUGUUCUGGAGGUACUUGGAGAGUUGGAGAUGGCCCAUGUCUUUUGUUUCGAGGAGAGGAAUCGGGGUGGCCUGAAUUUGUUUUUUGAUAAGACGAGGGAGCUCGAAACCUAGAUUGGGUAUGGACCAAUUGGAGUCGGAAAUGCAGCUGCCUUUGGAUGGUGACUAGGUUGGCAUUCUCAGGUAGGGGGCCUUGAAUUUUUUAUCUAAGAGGUUCAAAGUCAAACCAAUUAUCAUUCCAAAAAGUGAUGUUUGCCCCUUCCCCAAUUACCCAUUUGCAAUUCUUACCCCUCCCACUCUUCCAGAUGUAGGAACCUUUUUUGGAACUAUUGGCUAGAGCUCGUCUGUGGAUGUAUUUAAAGCACAUGAUUUGGGAAGCCAAGUUGAUCGGAAAGGAGACUAGUUUCCAACGCAUCUUAAGGGCCAUUGUUCGAUUUGUAUGAGCUAAGUUCCUGAUUCCCAACCCCCCGGCCCAAGUAGGUUUGCAAAUAUCAUCCCACGAGACAAGGUGGAGUCCCUUGGAUAAAGGAGAUGAAUUCUAGAUUUCCAGAGGAAGUUAGCAUGUUAAGAAUAGAUUUGUGGAGAGGCAGACACGUCAUAUAGUAUGAAGGGAUAGCAGAUAGGGAGGCUUUAAUGAGACAAACCUUUCCUGCUUUCGAAAGAUAACCAACCUUCCACUUGCUCAACUUUGCUCUAACUUUGUCAACUAUGAAUUCCAAUUGACCCUUGGAAGGACGUUUGUGCACUAAGGGGAAGCCAAGGUAGGUGCCUAAGUUUUGGGACCUGCAACAGUUGAGCUUGUCUUCAAGGAGAGUUAUGAUGUUGGGGGAAGUGUUGGGGGAAAAUAUAAGCUUGUUUUUUUUCAAAAUUGAUUGUUUGCCUUGAGACAUUCCCAAAGAGAUCUAGAGUAUCCAUCAUGGACGUGAGAGUUCUCUCAUUUGCCUCACCAAAGAGAAUUAGGUCAUCGGCAAAAAGGAGGUGAAAUAUGGAGAAUGCACCUCUGCCGAGCUUAAACGGGUCCAAAGCCCUUUCUAACAUUCUUGAUGGAUGAGCUUGGACAACUAUUCCAUACAAAGAAUGAAAAGGUAGGGGAAAAGGGGGUUCCCUUGCCGGAUUCUUCUAGAUGGAAGGAAGGUUUAGGUGGGCUUCCCGUUAACCAAAACCGAGGAGCUAGUAGAGGAGACGCAAUCCAUAAUAAGCUUGAUUGAUGACUCAUCGAAAUUCUUGUUUACGAGAUAAUUCCUAACAAAAUCCCAUUCAAGUUUAUCGUAGGCCUUUUCGAGAGCUAUUUUGAAAGCAAAUCACCUUUUUUUCUUUUCCUACUCUCCAUAGCAUGAACAAUUUCCGAGACCAGCACCAUGUUUGUGCCAGUCCCCCUCCCUUGAAUGAAGGCAUUUUGGUUUGGGGAGAUGAGGAGAGAGAAUUUGGUUUUAGCCCGGUGACUAUGAUCUUUGUGACAACCUUGUAAAGGGUAUUACACAAGGAUAUAGGUCUGAAUUUUUUAUGAGGUGGGAGAUUCAACCUUUGGGAUUAGUGAGUUGAUGGAAUUGUUAAGGCCCUGGGGGAUCUUACUCGCAGAAAAAAUGUUCGUUAUAAAGGGAACAAAAUCAUCUUUCAGAUUAUCCCACUGGUCUUUGUAGAAAAGUGAGUGGAAACCACCGGGUCCCGGAGCUUUGAGAGAACCUAUAGAGAAAAGGCGUCUUUGACUUCUACAAAGGAGGGGGGAGGGGGGGUGGCUGAUCGAGAUGAGAGAAGCAUUUGGUGGAGGAAGAAGAUCUUGGUUUCGACACACUCUUAGCCUAUGAAGCAAGGGUACGACAGUUUAGUGAGGUAUCUGUACCGGGUACCUCUCGGAUACGGGUGCGGUACGGGUACCUCAAGGGUACGUACCCGAUCGUAUCCAAAAAAUGGGUACGGUCAACUAUUUAAUUGGGCACUGUACCAAGAAACAAUCUGUGGUGCUGUUUUUUCUACAUAAUUUAAGAAUCUUAGUAUUUUAUUACUUUCUCCGUCCCAGAUUAGUUGUUGCACUUACAUUUGCACAAAGUUUUAGGUGAUAAGUAGUUGUUUGGUUAUCAAUUGUUAUUUUAUAAAAAGUAGAUCUGAUAGGAGGUAGUGAGGUAUUUUUUAAUUGAAUGAAAAAGAGAGUGUGGGGACAAAAAAAAUUUAGUGGGAAGAGUGAGACAAUAUAAUAAUUGUGGGGUCAUUCCUAAUUUAGAAGUGUAACAACUAAUCUGGGACGAAAAAUGAAAGUGUAAUACUAAUGUGGGAUGAAGGGAGUACUUAAAUUUCUUUUUGUUUUGGAUUUUUUUGUCGUAUCCUUCAGGUAUCUGUUUCUUAAAAAUUUGAUUUUGCCGUUUCCCGUCUCUAUACCCGUCCCGGUAUUUGUCCUCGUACCCACGUUUCUGUGCUUCAUAGCUCUUAGCUUUGAGGUGGUGAACAAGGAAGAGGAAAAAUCAGCUAUAUGAGCUGAGAUAUCGGUGCUUGACUCGAUUAGGUUCCCUACACAAUCCUGGAGUUAUAGAAUUCUGUUGGUUUUUCUCGUGGAAGAAAGAAGUAUAUCUAUCCGCAUCUAAGAUCCAGUUAGCCCGAGACCUAACAAGCCAAAAGUAUUCUUCCUGUUGAAAGAUAUGGCCCAAUUCGGUUCUAAUACUUUCCUCAAGACCAAACGAAUAGCUAGCUGGAGGACGGGUUUUCACAUAGGGCUUUUUUAACCCCUUCCAAUCUGACCGUUAGGUGUUUUUUCUUUCGAUGGAUGCUACCAAAAGUGUUUUUUGCCCAGUCCGAGAUAGGAUGUUGGAUGUAAGAAUUCUAUGAAAAAACGGGCCGUGGACAGCAGCCCAAGAGCUUGAAAUUAGGUCAUUGAAAGAGGGAUCCGGGCACCACAUUGGUUCGAAUUUAAAGGCAGGGGUACGCGACAUUGGAAUGAGGUUGGAAGUUCUUAGAAGAUUUGGGCAAUGGUCCGAAAAGAGCCUAGGGAGGUGUUUGAGGGUAGUGUCAGGGAAAGUGGUUAACCAUUGAGGGGAUACAAAAGCUUUAUCAAUUCUUUCCAUAAUAGGGUUAACUCUCCUUCGGUUUGUCCAAGUGAAUCGUUGGCCAUGGAAACCCACAUCAAUUAGGUUACAGUCAUUAAUGCACGAGUUGAAAGGGUUCAUUUUAUGGCAUUUUGGUGCUUUUCCCCCAAACUUUUCCGAAACAUGAGCAAUUUCAUUAAAAUCCCCAACAACCAACCAAUUUCCAUUCACAGUAUCAGAGAAACCAGCAAGCUCAUUAUAUAAAAACUUUCGUAAUUUAACCCUAGGACUACCAUAAACAGCAGAAAAGAAAAGAAUUUGAGGAGGGGGAAUGUACCUGCACCACCCUAUUCAUGAUUUGUGGGUUGUGGCUAAUUCUGUUGAAGGAAAAAAUAGUCGAGUUGCAUAAAACCAUGAUACCCCCGACGAAACCCUCAGUUUCAAUCAUGUCAAAACAAUCAAAAGGCAAUCCACGCGCAAUCCUUUCCGCAUUCUUUUGGCCAAUGCGAAGCUCUGUUUCUGGACUUCCUCAUGAGAAAGAGGCAGUUUAUCGUGCAUUAGACGAAUGGGUUGCAUGGGAGCUGGAAUUUCCAAUGCUUGCGGCAGCCAAGGCUCUAAAAAUUUUAAAAAGUCAGAGGCAGUGGUUGCGAGUAAUUCAAGUUGCCAAGUGGAUGUUAAGCAAAGGCCAAGGUACAACUAUGGCGACAUAUGAUGCAGUCUUAUUGGCAUUUGACAAGAAGGAGAGAAUAGAUGAAGCUGGAUCUUUGUGGAAUAUGAUUUUGCAUACCCACACACGCUCAAUUUCAAAGCGGUUGUUUUCUCGGAUGAUUUCAUUAUACGAUCAUCACGAUAUACAAGAGAAAAUAAUAGAGGUCUUUGCAGAUAUGGAAGAAUUAGGUGUCAAACCCGAUGAAGAUACAGUCAGGAGGGUAGCGCGAGCCUUUCAGAAACUGGGUCAAGAAGAUAAGAAGAAUUUGGUCUUAAAUAGAUAUGGAUGUAAAUGGAAAUACAUCCAUUUUAAAGGCGAAAGAGUCAGAGUUAGGAGAAACACAUUGGUUGAUGAAAGCUAAAUUUUGCUCUAAGCUUCAAACCUGUGACUCAGUGAGCAUUGUGUGUUUCUGUUACCUUCAGUGAGCUUGCCUUCUGCUUUAACUUCUUAGUCUUGUGUCGGGAGAAAGAAUAUUCUGCUUAUAGCUAAGCUGGAGACAGAAUUCGCAAAAGCAAAUGAGAGGCAAUAUUCUGUAGUAUCUGCCUGCUACUUGUAACACUCCCAAGUUUCUGCAUAUCUGCUGUUGGUUGAAUACUCAUCUUUCCAUAGACUGGUGUUGUUCUAGAGUCUUGUACAAGACUAAAGUUAUACAAAGCAUCUUCAGAAUGACUUGCGUUCAGUGGUUAUGUCCGAGCUCCGGACUGAGGUUUCUGGAUGUAGAUUCUUGAGGCCAGAAAUCAGGAAUGUGAUGAGGGUUCACUUUGACCCAUCUUGUCUAUAUCUAUUACGCCGGUACUUGACUACUUCAACAGAAAAAAGUUUUAUACAAGUAUAAAUUUUGCCGUUGGCUUUUAACUUGUAUAUUUACUUUUACAAUUUUAUAAAUGUUACGAAAUUUUGUGAAACACUACCUUUAAGUUUGGCAGCUUUGUGAAUUGCUACA